UUGAGUCUUGACGACCGGUUAAACAAAACUCUCUCUUAAGCCCAGUCGGAGUAUCAUCUGAUCAUCACGGUAGAGCUGAAAAAAUGAGAACAUUAAUGCUUACGACGGACAUGGCUCAGGUUUCAGCGGCAACAAGGAAAAACAACAGCUUCGAGCGCGCUUUGCAUCAUGUCCGAUAUUUUCGGAAAUUUGGACAACUUUCUAGAGAAUUUCGAUGACAACAAUCUAUCGUCAGUCAGUGGUUUGUCCGAUGCAGGGACCGGCGGCGUCGCGAACGAUACUCUAGAUAACGAUCAAACUAGCAAGCAAAACACAAGCUAUGGAACGAGGAGUAAUAGUACAAACAGAAGAAGCAAAGGAACCAGCAGAAAGCCUAUUCCAAAGAACAGAAGCAACAAUGUCAACAGCGCUGAAACUCCAAGUAUGGCUAGCAGUGUUGUUCCAUCGGCAGCAACACCGGCCCACAUUGACUUGACAUCGAACGUUAGUGUAGAAGAGGAAAUGCAAUUGAUCGCCAGUCUAUUUCACUCCAUAUUCAACUCUAAAAAUCCUUCCGUGAUGGAGUGCCUAAAGAACAGGGAUGCGUCGCUAAUAAAGCGAAGCUUUACCAUGCUUAGCAAUAGCUACAACCGAAAACCACCGGUAACAGCGAACGACGUGAGUAAGCUAAAGAAGAAAAUGUGUGCAGUGCGAAACAACCUAAGUGAGCUAGACAGAAGAAUCAAAUCUGUGAUACCAUCAGCGGCUGCAGUAAAUCAAGCCCCCCCUCGUCGCUCUAGUCGUCGAUCGAGAAAUGCCACUGCAGCGAACCAAGCACCGAUAGUGAUUUCAUUGGACUGUGACGACGAUGACACACCGAUCGCGUCCAGUGCCUAUCCCUAUAAUCGACCUGUUGCAAACCGUAGUACAGCGAACGACGCUGACACUAUAACCUUAGACUCGGACGAUGAGCUCUCGAACAGGGCGAAUAAUUCAUUCGAAACCGAAAACUAUGAAAUGCGCGUCAAAGUCAAAUGGGGCUUGGGCAUAGAGACGUUCGUGCAUCGAAGGUAUCAAAAGUUUGCCGACAUUAUCGGUCAGCUGGCGGCCAAGGAGUCGGCCGACAGUGCAUGCAUUUUCUUGAACCUGGACGACCGAAUCGUGUACCCGACCGAUACGCCCGAUUCGAUCAGCUACAAACCACAUCAGUUUAUAUCUGGCCGCAUAUUAAAGAGUAAAGCUCCAAUUCUUCCCAGUGCCGUUGCAUACUCGGCGGCGGGCAACAGCAGCAGCAUCACGCUGAAGGUGCAGAUGGCAACCCGGAAGCAACCGUUACGGUUGCAGAUGGAGAAAAGUCAAACCAUGUCCGUGCUGGCGAUCAAAUGUGCGGAAGAGCUGAAAUGUGCACCGAAAGACAUUCGGCUGUACUUUGACGGCGAGCUGGUGGAUAACGGUUGCAAACCAGAGGAUCUGGACCUGGAAGGGGACGAGAUCCUGGAUAUUCGUGUUGUACAGUAACGAUUUUACGAUACACUGUUUACGCUGUUUAAAUAUAAAAUGUUCAGUUUAGAUUUUUUUUUAAGCUAAUAGGCAUUUGUUCACUGUUAAUAAUAUAGGUGUUUGCAUAGAAAGUGACCGAGCUAAUUGAUUUUCUGAAGUAUUUAUCACAACAGUUGUAAAGUUUCUAGAACACGAAACGCGCAAAGGUGCUGGCGGUUGACAACGGUAGCCAUAUUGAAGCUAGAAGAAACUUCUAAACUUAUAACACCUAUCGCAAUCGACGAAGCUGAAUCUGUAUAUAACAUCACUGAGCCGUAGACUGAUCCUGCUUUGUCCAUAACUGACGAAAUCUCCUUAGCCGUGUUCAAGAAUAAAAUGCUUAAGGACAGUAAAAGAGUCCCUCCAUGAG